CAUGAACCUCACGACUCGUCCAUUCCUUUAUACAGCUUCGAAAACAUUACCAAAAACCCAUUAGCUCAUACAAGAUCUUUAAUCUUUGAUCACCGUAUGAGUCACGGUGCAUCGAUCCGUGCAUUUCAUGGAAACACUUGUACAUUGACAUUCGGAUAGAUUGCGGACUUUAUCUCAAGUCCGGGUCGGAUCAUCGCUGGGAAACGCCACGGACGUGAGGGGGGUUCACGCUCAGGAGGGGAAAUGUAGAGCUGGACCGUGAACUAGGGAUAUGUAAGAAAUAAGUAUAUAAGAGCUGAAAACUCCUUCUAUCAUUUGAUCCUUUCAUCAACUCAUACCAUUAAAACAGCAUUCAUUCCCAAGAAACAGUCAAUAAGUCUCAUCAUGCCUUUCAGUCACGUUGCCCUCUCUGUCGGCGAACACUACGUCGAGAUGCGCGACUUCUACAAAGCCGUUCUCGCUCCUCUUGGCUAUGAACUCAAGUUCGAAGGCACAGGCAACAAAGGAGCUCAGUACUGUAGUUUUGGCGUCAAGAAUGGCGCUCCAGACUUUUGGCUUGGCGGCGGUGGCCCUGACUUGAAGAAAUAUGACGGCAAUCUUGAGAACAGAACUGCACCAGUUCAUGUCGCUUUUGAUGGUGAGAACCAGAAGCAUGUCGACGAGUGGUACGACACUGCUAUUAAAGCUGGAGCUGCUGAUAAUGGAAAGCCUGGGCUGAGGGAGUAUAGACCUGGAUACUAUGCGGCGUUUGUUCUUGAUCCUGUUGGCAACAACAUUGAGGUUCUUCACAUGUCUUAGAGCGGUGUAUUAGGUGUGAAAUGGUUGGCAUUGACGUGUUGGAUGAAGUAUUGAAUGGAAGCGAAACCAGUGGACGAGUCGAUGGUAUAACUAUAAAAGUCAAGUCUUCAUCAAUUUCCCCAUCCAAGUCCUUUCUUGAUAUAGUGCCUAGGAUUGAAAUCGUUGAACCUGCGGGUUCUCCUGCGUCUCAGGAAUGCCAUCCCUUAUCAACCACCAACCGAUCACUUCAAGCGGAUAAUGCCCUGCACUUUCUCGCUCAGUACCCUCCUCAAGACCCUUUUCAAUAUCCUUCUUGACUUCUCCCCAUGUCACCAUGAGCGGUGUCGUAUCUCUGUUCCCAUGUGACGCAUUGAACAGAAACUCACUCAGCAUCGCCGCCCGAUCAUUUCCCCGAUUUCGCGUCGUCUCCCACGGAAUCUUGACCUUCUCUGGCAGGGGUAGAAGCAUAGCCGUGUAGCUCUGUGCCUGGUACGGUUCGCGUCCCCAAACCAUACCGCCUCUAUGUCGCAGCUCAGGAAGAAUGUAGUUCAGAGUGCGCAUGCCCGGCAUGAAAUCGUACAGCGACUCUAUAGAAGCUCUCCAGUAUUCCGCCAUUGUCUCACCAGCAGCUGGGCGGGGAACAUCUCGAAAGAAAGCGCGCCAUUCAAUGCCGACGUUGAGGACUUUAUCAUAGCCAUGGAUUGUAACUAUUGAAUUGUGUGGUUUGGCUUUCAGGGUGACACGUUGGUUCCGGUCAAAGUAGAGGAUGUCUGUUUCUGGUCUGAACCACACGCCUGGGUUGUCUCCGUGAGGUGAAAGGAAGAAGCCUUCACGCUGUGCGACAGCACGAGAUUCCCGACAUAUUCGAAGAGCUAUUGGAGGCGCAUAGUGAAUGUGAAAGCGAAAGAAAAGUUCAUCAACUGUAGGGUUGGUAGAUGGUUCUUGCGUUGAAGUCUUCUUUACGUGAAAUAGACGACAGUCAGGGAGAGUGAACUUCCAGAUGAGAUCUCUCAACUCAGGCGGUAGACCUUCCAGUUGAAAGUGACUUGAGCUCGAAUCCUCAGAAGAGGCCAUGUUGAUUGAUUGAACUUUGGACAAGGCACGAAAUACUCAUGUCUCGGAAUAGUUGUUGAUGAAAGGAGCAUGUUUUAUAAACGGACGUCAGGCACCCGAAUUCGGUGAUACGAGAAUGUGAGUCUGCCUUAA